AGGUGGUGGUUCAAAAUGGCGGAGAUUUGCUGCGGGGUUGUGAGUGAGAACGAGGCCUCGCCGACUUGCGAGUCCAAUUCACAAGCAGCAAGGCGUAAAAGGAUGGAACUCCGCCGUGUUAAGUUUGUUGCCGGAGUACCGACGCUCGAAACGGAGAACGGGGUCAAGCAGGCCAGAUUAUCGAUCUAUCCGGCGUCGUUCUCCCGUGAGUGCAACGAAAUCGCUUUCCAGAACUGUAGUGCGUCGGAGUUAAAACCGAAACCGGAGGAUGAUGAAGUCGAUGUUGCCAAGUCAUCGUCUACGGCUGUAGUGGCCACAAUUUUCAGACCUUUGGGAUCCACCGUUUUUGUUGGAGCAGAACCGCUCCCGAAAUUUGGUGUGGCGUCGGUCUGCGGACGGAGGAGGGACAUGGAAGAUGCCGUUGCCAUUCAUCCUUCUUUUUUAGCCAGAGACGAUAAUCAGACUUCUAAUUUGCACUAUUUUGGUGUCUACGACGGCCAUGGUUGUUCACAUGUCGCAACGAGGUGUAAGGAUCGGCUACACUUGUUGGUGAAAGAAGAGUUGGACAAAAAGAUGGAAUCAAUGGAGUGGACGAAAACGAUGGAGCAAAGCUUCAUCCGAAUGGACAAGGAGGUAAUAGAUUGGAACCAAGGGGCCGUAGGCGGUAACUGCCGGUGCGAGCUUCAAGCUCCGGAAUCCGAUGCUGUCGGAUCAACGGCGGUCGUUGCGAUCAUGACUCCUGAUAAGAUAAUAGUUGCGAAUUGUGGCGAUUCGAGAGCCGUGCUUUGUCGAAACGGAAAAGCAGUGCCUCUAUCAAACGACCACAAGCCUGAUCGUCCAGAUGAGCUCAACCGGAUCCAAGCCGCCGGCGGGCGAGUUAUAUACUGGGAAGGAGCGAGAGUUCUCGGAGUUCUUGCCAUGUCUCGAGCCAUCGGCGACAAUUAUUUGAAACCUUACGUGAGCUGCGAGCCAGAGGUGACGAUUACGGAAAGAACGAUGGAAGACGAGUGUUUGAUAAUUGCGAGCGACGGACUUUGGGACGUUGUAUCAAACGACACAGCGUGUGGAGUGGCGAGGAUGUGUCUGAAAGGGAAGCGACCGUCUGGAAGCAUGAAGAAUCCGGUGGAGAGCGAGGAAGCGACGUCGGAGAAUUGGGACAAAGCGUGCAGCGAUGCGUCGAUGCUACUAACGAAGUUGGCGUUGGCACGACGGAGCUCCGAUAACGUGAGCGUGGUGGUUAUAGAUCUGAGGAAGAAAUGAGAAUAUGCACGAUGAUGGAGUUUCAGGUUGUAGCGUUUUAGGUGCCAAAAACUAGAAAAAGAACAACAAUGGGGGAAGAAACAUUCUGCUCCAUUUUCUAUGAAAAUUUUAAGCUCAGAUGAUUGUAAUUAUUUUAAAAUCAAAUCAAUUAAUUGGUUGUGUUUUUUUGUUAAUUCCCUUUUUAU